AAAUAAUAUUUUUUUGAUAAAAUUUCAACAAAAAUCUACCCAAUUUGACAUGUUAAUUAUUCUUACGAAUUUUGGCGUUAACAAAAAAUAAAGUAGAUCUAAGUAUCUCCUGAAAAUAAGUUUAAUGUCACCAAAAUUAUAAGAGGCCCUUUCAGAUUUAGUACACGCGCAACUGAUGGAUAGGUCAUUCGCGCGUCGGAUCACAUGCGCCACACCCCACCCACACGUGUGACUAUCUUCUCUACAGUCGUCUUUGCCCUCGUACGAGCCGCCCGGUUUGGGUCGGCACGCUCGCGCUCGACGCUCCCCAUCACCGCCCGUAUCAACGCCUCAUCGCCCACCUGCGAUCGCCGGUCGCCUGUCCCUUUUGGUUUACCUUCUUUUCCCCCCGCACGGUUAAAGAGAAACAAGGAGAAAAAGCUACGUCUUCUCUCUCUGUCUUCUCCGGUCUUCCUCUCUGUCUAGUUCCUAUCCGUAAGAAGCCAACCCUAACUCUCACGAGCGAGAGAGCAGGCCAGUACCUGCUGAUGCUGAUCAGAUGAUGAUGAUGAUGAUGGAUAAGCGAGAUGAGGAGACGAUGGAGGAACCGGCCGCCGAGAUCCCGCUGCCGUUCUCCGCGCAGUCGCCGUCCACCUUUCCGACCCCGAGAGGGACGUUCCUCGAUGCUGAUGGCGCGGACAGGGGCUUCCUCGAGCUGAUCGGCCUGCAGGAGCUGCACCAGUCGUCCUUCCUGUUCCAACAACCGGCCGCAAGAGCGACGUGUGUGGCGUCUGCUCCUCCUCCGGUCCAAGCGAAGUCCUCCGACGCGGUUAACUUCCCUGCGAACCCGUCGUCGAUGUCGUGCUCCUCGACCGAGACGGGCGCCAACCCGACCAAGCCCGCCACCGCGGGGGAGGCGAACGAGCAGGAGGCCGAGACGAAAGAGAGAUGCAAGGAGGAAGGAGGGAAGAAGAAGAAGAAGGGGCAGAAGCCUCAGAAAGAGCCGAGAUUUGCGUUCGAGACGCGGAGCGAGGUCGACCACUUGGACGACGGUUACCGGUGGCGCAAAUACGGACAGAAGGCCGUCAAGAACAGCCGCUUCCCCAGGAGCUAUUACCGCUGCACCAGCGCAACAUGCGGCGUGAAGAAGCGGGUGGAGCGGUCGUCGGACGAUCCCGCCGUGGUGGUGACGACGUACGAAGGGCAACACAACCACCCCAGCCCCAUCGUGCCGCGCGGCGCCCACCAUGCGCCACCUCCCCCGCCUCCGCUCCUCCCGGCGGAACCGUCCAUGCCUCCCCCGCUUGGGUUUGUCUUUUCGCCGCCGGUGAACACGAAGGAGUUCCAACUCCCCCUGCUCAGCAGCUACCUCGCGCCUUCCCCGCUUGAUUUCAACCGUUCAGCCGCCCCACGGACCAUCGUGGUGACCUCCGAUCUCACCGCCUCCAUCGAGGGCAGCAAUCAGACGGCCGAGUCCGCGAUCAGGGACGACGGGCUGCUGCAGGACUUGAUACCCUCAGAGAUAAGAAAGGAGGAGUAGUCGUAGAGUUAUGGUACGUUGGUCGACCUUCUCCUGACAGAGAUUGGUGUUUUCUCCUCCAUUUUAGGAGAUUUUUCCUACAAUAUUUUCCUCUGACUCCGAUCAGUUGGAUAAAGAAAUCAUAGCCGUUCUUUCCCGUA